AUGGCUGAAAACAAAGUACAAGAUUGGGAAUUCGAAAAGUUCCCCAUCGAUCUCAAACAAUACAAACCUUUCCCUCUUGAUCCUGUCAACGACAAGAAACUCACCAAAGAGCAAAAAGAUGGAUUGAUCGCCAAUAUCUCUUUAUUGAGAGAUGUCGUAGUCUUCUUCACUGCUACUGGUGCUGCUAGAGGUCUCGCUGGGCACACUGGGGGUGCUUUCGACACUAUCCCAGAAGUAGUCAUCCUCCUCGCUUUCCUUGCUGGUGACAAAGAUGGAUCUAAAUUUGUUGAUAUCCUCUUCGACGAAGCUGGGCACCGAGUCGCUACUCAAUACCUCUUAUCUGUACUAAACGGUCACAUUCCCGUCGAACAAUUACUCCAUUACAGAGAAGCUUUCUCUCACCUUCCCGGACACCCAGAACUUGGCUUCACUCCUGGAGUCAGAUUCUCCUCUGGAAGAUUAGGACAUAUGUGGCCUUUAGUCAACGGUGUAGCUCUUGCCGAUAAAUCAAAAGCCGUCUUCAUGCUUGGUUCAGAUGGAAGUCAACAAGAAGGUGAUGAUGCAGAAGCUGCGAGAUUAGCUGUUGCUCAAGGCUUGAAUGUCAAACUUUUCAUUGAUGAUAACGAUGUCACCAUCGCUGGUCAUCCAUCUGAAUACCUCAAGGGUUACACUGUAGCUAAGACUUUGGCUGGUCACGGUCUUAAAGUAGUUGAAGCCGAUGGAGAGGAUCUCGACUCACUCUACUCAGCUAUCUGUGAGGUCAUCAACCACAACGGUCCUGCUGCUACUGUCAUUCAUCGUCCCAUGGCUCCAAAGAUCAAGGGCAUUGAAGGUAGUUCUCAUGCUCAUGACGCCAUCAAGGUCGAACCAGCAAUUGAUUACCUCGACCCUCGACACCCUAAAUGUGCUAAUAUCUUGAGAGCUAUCCAACCUACCAACUACUCAGAAUUACUUCUUGGUAGUACCAAAGAGAAGGCUGCUUGCAGAGUUCAAUUCGGAGAGGCUGUCUCUAACGUUCUCGACAAAACCUCAAAAGAAGAAAACAAGUCAAAAGUCGUUGUCAUUGAUUCAGAUCUUGAAGGUUCAACUGGUCUGAAUGUCAUCCACAAGAAACACCCAGAAGUCUUCCUUUCAUCUGGUAUUAUGGAGAGAGGAAACUUCUCUGCUGCUGCAGGAUGGGGUGCAUUCGGUGCCGACAGAUUCGGUGUCUUCAGUACUUUCUCUGCAUUCUCCGAAAUGAUCAUUUCCGAACUCACAAUGGCUCGUCUCAAUCACGCCAACGUCUUGACCCACUUCUCCCAUUGGGGUGUGGACGAAAUGGCUGAUAACACUUGUCAUUUCGGAAUCAACAAUUUCUUCUUGGAUAAUGGUCUCGAUGAUGCUUAUGAGACAAGACUUUAUUUCCCUGCUGAUAGCGCUCAAAUGGACGCCGUCAUCGACAAGGUCUUUUAUGACAAAGGCCUUCGAUUCGUCUUCUCCACUCGAUCAAAAGUACCAUGGAUCCUCAAAGAAGAUGGAUCCCGAUUCUUUGACGAGUCAUACAAAUUCGUUCCUGGAAAAGAUGAAGUCAUCCGUAAGGGUACUAAAGGAUACGUUGUCGCAUACGGUGAAAUCCUCUUCAGGGCUCUCGAUGCUGUUGAUAGAUUAAGACAAGAAGGUUUGGAUAUUGGUUUGAUCAAUAAAUCUACUUUGAAUGUUGUAGAUGAAGAUAUCAUCAAGGAAAUUGGUUCAACUGAAUUGGUACUCGUAGCUGAAAGUGCCAACCAAAAGACUGGUUUGGGAAGUAAAUUCGGUACCUGGUUGCUCGAGAGAGACCUUAGACCACGAUACGGAUACUUAGGAACUAACAGAGAAGGAUGUGGUGGACUUGGUGAACAAAUCCCACACCAAGGUUUAGAUUCUGCUGCUAUCGCAUUGAAAGUCAAGCAAUUAAUCAAGUAG